AUGGAGGACAUGCUAGAAUCUCGGUUUAAACGAGUUGAUAUAGCUUUGGCUAACCUUGCUGAUUCCACAGCAAAAUAUAAUCCAAACCCAGUCUAUGCGAAUGAUCUCGUAACAGCGGAUGCGGAACUCUGUCUUGGCCUGGAACAACUCGCAGCUCAUCAAUCAAACUACUCCCGAAUACUUGCACUUCGUGCGACUUCGAGUGCCUUGGAUAAUCAAAUUCGCGAAACUCUGGAUGUUUUGACAUCGAUCAGGAGGGAUCUAAUAUCCACACCUUCUACCAAUCUUUUACCUAAUGCUAACCCCGUUUCAUAUACUACCCUUCUAGCUUAUGCUCGAAGGAUUAGCAAAUUCACGUUACCUCCGAGCUACAGAGACCAUAUUCCAUCCAACGAGGCCGAAGAACCAGAUACUAAAGCAUCCAAAGAAGCCCAAAAAUCAAAUCCAAUUAAUGGCAGUUCUACCUCAAAGACUGGUUGCAAUGGGAUCGAUACCGGUACAACACUUGGUAAUUCCAACACAGCUCUACCGAUUGUUGAAGGGGAACCAACUUCGCGAUCUACUAUAGCAACCAAUAACAACAACUGGUCAGAAUAUUUGAAUCCACACAGCAACAUGUCUUGGACCCCUUGGCCGUCCGAUGAAACUAUAAGAAGAGGAGCACUUGCCAGCAUCCAGAUAUUGCUCGAUCAGGGAAUCAACCCUGCCACAUUCGACCCCGAAAAAAGCGCAGAGCUCGAAAUGGAACGAAAGAGAAUUGUUGAAGAAGAAGACAGACUACGACUGGAAAAAGAGCGAAAACAACUUCUGGAGAAUCCAGCGAGCGCUAUGCCUCCCGCGAUGACUGCUGCCACCAAUAUCGUACCUGAACGGAGAAAUACUCAGCCAAAAGUAUUUCAGCUGGAAACCUUUGACGAUGAAGAUGAUGACGAUGAUGACGAAGAUGAUGACUAG